UAAUGAAGCUGCUGAUUUUUGCAACAUGUUUCCCAUUGCUGUCUCAUUCUGUCAUUUGAAAGAGUGAAAACCCUCCUCCUUUGGAGCAGCAUUGUAGGAGAAAAGUCUGUGAAAUUGUCUUUGAAUCAUUCCACUUGGGUCAGAGCGUUUCCAGGUCAAGAACCAACUGCUUUGUGCACUUUAUUAGCUCGAUGGUUGGGAUGUUUCAGUUCCUUACAGUUUACAUAUUUAUUUGCACAUACAUUGUAACAGUGUCUUGACAGAAAUGCUAGUUAUUAUUCAGUGUUUUCCACUGUUGUUUUGUUUUUUUUGUAGUCUUUAAUUCUUCAGAUUAAUACCUAGUUUAUCAUAUAUAUCUGCAGUUUGUAGAAAUUAGUGAAUUUAAAGAAGAAUAAACUGCAUGAACAUAAAAUUCCGUUGUGCAGUGAACGUAGUGGAGUUGCUUUUUGUUGUUUUAAAUAUGCAUGACCUCUCAAUUUGUUCAAAUGGAUUGGAUGUCUAAUGGCCAUUGAACCAGUUUUUCCUAAAGCUAGCACAUUAUUGCAGAUCCGUACAAGAGUUCUAGCUUCCAUUUGAAGCCUAAAUGGAUAAGAAACUUGGCAUUUGGAAAAUGAAAAAUACAGUAGUUACACAAGGAAAACAAAAGAAUUGUACUCAGUAGUAGUGAUUUUUGACUGAAGAUGAAUGUUAUUUUUUAUGCGUUAUAAGUUAGUUAAGAAACAUUUAAAACCAGGCUGUUUUGUUUAUGACUUAUUCAUUAGCUUGGUGCAAAUGUAUAUGCUGACAGUGAUCCUAAGUCACCACUUUGGAUCCACUGCUUUAGAAUACUACACAUAAACAGCACACAUAAAUAUUAGCUGCUGUUUGGGCACAAACUUAUUGCAUGUGUCACUCUAUUGGCGAUGAUUAUCAAUUUCAUUCCUAAUUUGUUUAUUCUUUCAAAAUCUGUUGACAUUUUUUUACUACAUCACAAUACCCUGAAAUGAGUUGCUUCAAAUUGCUGAGGCUUGCUAAGCAGCUAAUGUGCAAAUUAGGGAAAGGAGAGCGAUUAUAUGUGUUUAUCUACAGGGAGUCCUCAAGUUGGGACCGAAUUCCGUUCCUACGCUGGAAAUGUAACCCGAAUUUCCGCGCAAGUUGGAUUUCAGUGUUGAAGUUGAAACUUACGUUAAAAUACUUUGUAUUUAAAAGAAAAUACAAAUAACAAAAAAAAAAAGAAAAUAUGCUGUACUUACAUUUAUUGCUGAGAGGUGGAUGGAGAAUUAGGGUUUUCAAUAGUUUAUUUCCAACCGAAAGUACCCCGAAAUUCCUCCACCUUUCCCUCUCUUAACUCCAGUCAGACACGCAAUGUUUAGGGACAGCCCAGAAAACACAACACUAAACACAUCAGCAUUGCAAUCUGAAGCAUACACACAACACGAUUAUGUAAAAUACUGUUCUUAUAUUUAGAUUACGUGAACCUGAAGUUGUGUGACUUUGACGGUCAUGUGACAUAAGAUCUGUGUGAGCAAAGCGUUUUCACGCAACGGUUUAACUUUGGUCUGAACAGAGAAUAUCUUUACCAAUGUUGACCAGCGUCUCUCUCCUUUCUCCAUUUUUUUUAUGAUGUUAAGCAUUGUUUCCAUGGUAAUUGCUCUUCUCUUGGUUAAACCUAGAAGACCCAGCUUUCGGACCGUAAUGUGAAAAAAGGAGGGUGAACAAGGCAAAGAUGAAAAUGCACUAGCUAAGCAGAAACUAUGGUGCAUGGGACUUAACAGUGCAGGAGGCGCGGGAGUCAAAGUUGAAAUGUCAUGGGUCGAGGACAUCGUAACCCGAGGAGUCCAUGUGUUUUGAAUUUUUGGUGCCUUAACUCAAAGUGUUAUAUUUUUGUUCUAGUUCUUGCAUUGAAUAAUUACUUGUGUUUUGGAAGAUCAACAAAAAAAAAAGAUUGUGAUGAUAGUUGCAUGGUUAUAUUUUUCGUUAUGGCUGCAUGUUCCUGAAAGUGACAAAAACUUUUGCCCUGUCACAUCAAAAUGCAAUGAAGCACUUCACCAAAAAAAAAAAAAAAAAAGAUUCCCCAUUUUUCAUGGCUACAGAUGGCUUCUAGGAGCUCAAGUACGACAUAGUCGAUUUUCCUCACAUCUAAACAUUUUGACAAACUGUGCUGUGUUCCUAAUUCUUAGCACAGUCAAUUCAGGCAUUUCAUGUUUGUUUGUUUUUUCCAAUAAGUUGUGUUUAUUUUAUUUUGCAUUAAACGAAGAUACAUGCAAAUGGCUUUUUGUUCACAAACAUCACUGCAAAGCAUUGUUUCCUUUAUGGGAAGCUCGCAUGUAUUUGCACGGCACAAAAUGCUUUGUGUCCAUUACUGCCAAAUUACAUGUUGCUUUGAUUUACAUGUUGCAACUUACCUCCAAAAGCUAAUAAACUGCUGGAACUACUCUAUUGUGUGAUCAUUUUUGUCAGAAUGUGAUGUGGAUGGUUAGUUUUACUCUCAUUUUCUGACUAAUCUGCAUCCAGUUCACGUUGCUUAGUAACUAAACUGAGAAAGGACACUGUGGAACUAGCCGUUAACUAAAAUUCCAGUUUAAUAUGCGUGGGCAGUAAUCAACAGGACAGGAAGUACUGGUGCUGAUAAUUCACAUUCAAAAUCAACCUUCAUAUACAGAAUAUUGUUGCAUGUGUUUUAAAAUGUGAGUAAAAAGUAAAAAAAAGAAAAAAAAAACAUUGGCAUAAUAACCAUUAAAAAUAACAAUGUUGCCAACAUCUUUGGUUUGUUUUAGAAGUCCACAUUAUAAAAACAUGCAACAGUUCUUGUAAUAUUCCUGCAAUGUUGAUGGCAUCAUGGCGUGCUGACUUUUGGCUGUUGCAUCAUUCAUUUUAUUGGAGGUAAAAAUGUGAAGUUUGUAAUGGGAACCACUGUGCUUCUUGCCUGGCGUUUUGUGGAUUUGGAUGGUCUGGCCUUUGACAUAGUUUGGGGCAAAUGUUGUAGGUUCAGAGGAACGCCAAUGGGCUGCCCUUUCUCAUCAUGAAGCAUGUUUGAGUCUUCUUCCACCCCAUGUAGUCCAUGCCAUUCUGGGGAUUCUGCCUCCGUUGUGGCCUUCUGGGUUAGUGUAGAUUUCUUCAAAUUAUGAGGACCCGGUUGUGAUUGAGACUCACCACACUGCUCUCCACCGCUGGCUAAUAUAUCUCCAUAGAACACUGUGUCUUGAUGGGAGGAAGAUGGAUUGUCUGUUGUCUCCUUACGUGGCUUUUGUUUUUUGUCUCUCCUUUGAGGGAGAAGAAUGCCACUGACCGGAGCAACUCUGUCCCAGCCCCGCACCUAGAGCAAAACUGAACUUUCUCAUUUGACCAUCGUAAUUCAACUCUAGUAAUCACCAAAUUAUAUAAAUGCACUUACUGCCUCUUCCCAACCACUGUAGCAAUGAUACUCAUGUGGCUCCAUUUCCUUUAAAAAUUCCUUCUCACUCAUGUCAAGCAGGACAUCCACAUGCAUCCUUUGUGCUUUGUAAAGCUGCUCCUCAUUGGCGUCUGUCUGAUCAAGGUCAUUUGCUCCACUCAUAGCUGUGGGGUUCCCUUUUUUAGGGAGAUACAAAGGUUAAAAUUGUCAAUUACAAUUGUCACUGAUCACAAGUCUGAUAUUUUACAAAUUGGUGAAAAUGCGAAAAUACAGUUCCCGGUUUGAACAAAGUCGUAACUAGAAAUAAAGAUGUUGGCGCUUGGCAUUUAGACAACAUCCACCGAUUAGUGUGAUCAGAAUCAAUAUCGGUCUAAAAAUUGGUCAAGUGUUAUAAUUCAUUGGCCUCUUCACAUCCUCAUUACACUUGAUGUCAUAGAGAUCUAGUGGACUUUGAAGAUUGCUCUUGCCAGAAAUGGCUUUUAGCACCUUUGUUGUUUUUUAAAGUUAAGGAGGCAUUAUUGACCUUGUAUGUACGUGAGUCACAUAGUACAAGACUGUUACUGAAACAUUUUAGACAUGAAAAGAGAAAAUAUCCACAAGACUCUGCAAAAAUUACCCAGACCAUUUAAAGACCACAAUUAAGUUUAUUCAUUCAUUUUUACAAUUUCCUCUUUUUUUAAUUCAUAUUAAAACUUACAUUAAAUGUUGGUUUUUCUACCUGUUUUACUUGAAAAAAGCAAUAAUGUAGUAUAGAUGUGUUUUAUUCACGAUGAAUUAAACUAAUGGGAACCUAUGAUUGUAACACACCUGUUUUUAUUUACAGCUCACGUGAACAUUAUCAGACGAUAAGCACGCCAACGUCUGCAGUUACCGUUCAUAGACAUGCAACAAACAUAACAUACAAGCAAAACUUGCAGCAGCCAGACAAGCCACACACACCCACUUUUUGCUGUAAACUAGCUGCUUAAACAGCAGUUGGACGCACACUCGCAAAUGGUUGGGAGUGACAACAGCCGUGAUGACGUACGCCAGGACUUUAAAUGACAGGUAAACAGUGUAUGACGUCAAACAAAUGCGCGGGGUUUUUGGUGAGCUCCAGUCGCCAUACAUGGCGUAGCCGAAACACAAUGACCAAACAUUAGUGAACGUCUUCAAACUCGAACAAUUGAUGUGUCGUUUGUUUUAUCAGUUCGAUAAAUUUGACUUUAUUUAGAAAGGUCGCAAACUGCGUAGUAAAUUCAUUUCAUUCGUGUUCCUGGUCUAAUGUUUGUUGACCCACAUGUUUGGUUAUCUGCAACCGAAAAGUACAUAUGACGUCUACACUUUUCCAGAAUCGUUUGGACGUAUGUUCCUCGACUUUUGGGGAGCUCAAAGCUGAUGUGAGAUGUUCAAACCAGGGAGGAGCAGAAUCCAUCGAUGAUUCUAAAAUUGUUGGACAGACAGAGACCAUAGCAGUGGAAUUUGAGAAAGAUGGAGCGGAAGCAGAUGAGAUCAGAUGGAGCAAAGAGCGCUCAACAACAGCUGCGUCAAUUGGUCUUGGACUCGGAAGUCUCCGUGACGCAGCCUCGUCGCCAAUCCGCGAGUGGGAUACUGAAACCUGACUGCUUGGUCUCCCCAGUCGCCGGUCUCCACACGACCACCGAGUUGGGCUCUGCAGUGCAGGGGCUGCGGCGUUGUAUGGAAGGAGAUCUUGCGCGCCCUACCGCGGACAUGCUGCCCCCAAAGACCUGCCUGCCCAGGAACUACAGCUGCAUCGCCGGGCUUUUCGGCAGCUUGGCCGCGGCCAAUCCUCGUCUGGACGAUGGGGAUGAUUUUGACAUUAUCAAUGGCACCUGUGAGCCCGUCGAGAGCCCCGUGGUGGACGAGAGGCCGCGGGGGCGGGAGACCUUCCUCAAACCCCCCCAGAGCCCCAGCCUGCGCCGGAGGUGCAAGUCUCUCCCUACUCCCACGGAAAGGGCCAAGUUGGAAAUAUCCCGCAGCAGAAGUCCAACAAGUCAGAAAAAGGUCCGCUUCGCCGACUCCCUCGGUCUGGAGCUCAUCUCCGUGAAACAUUUCGACGACUCGGACGAACCCGAGGUGCCGGAGCGCAUUUUGGCCAAAAUACCCAGAUCUACGGACUUCAAUCACAUGGCGACCACUAAAUUCCCACGACCCCUCCCGCAGUCGGUCUUCAUGGAGCUGCAGUUCACCAGCCCCGGCACGCUUCCCGAUUUCGAGCAGAAAGUGCGGGAGGUGAAAGUCCUGCUGGAGAGCGUGGAGACAGACGAGUUCAGCCUGUCCGGCUUCGUGCGCGUUUUGAACCUGGCCUUUGAGAAGAGCGUAUCUUUACGCUACUCCCUCAACAACUGGAUCACCUUUAUGGACAGUUUGGCAUCUUACGUGCCCCACUCAAGCGACGGCACUACGGAUCGCUUCUCCUUCAAAGUGGUCAUGCCUACCUACAUGGAGAACGGAGGCACGUUGCAAUUCGCUAUUAAAUACACAGUCGGCGGCGAGGACUUUUGGGAUAACAACAACGGGAAUAACUACAAAGUGCGACGUCACCGCUUCAAGAUGUCUCCACCGAAGGAAUGGGAGAACGGCUGGAUCCACUUCAUUUAAACUCAUUCACAUCGCGUGCGUAAUUUGUGCGUGUAAAUGAACCCCCAGGGACCCUAAAAUGACUAACGUAUGAAUGGGCGUUUUAGUUCUGUUAUUAGUGUACAUAUAGGGGAGCUACAGAAGGUAUCAAAUAUGCGUGUAAGCAUUUGAGGGGUCCAGUGAGGGUUAAAUUGCCUUGAUGUCAGGGCUCCUGUACAGCUCGGUGCCCUUUGGGAGGGCACGUCCGCAUUAUGUAACGUGAAAACACGUGACGGAGGGGGAAAACGUGCGGGUCAUGCCAACCUCGGGCAUCACUGCUCUUUCGCAGAGACUCCGUAUACGUUAAUUACUAUAGUGAGGGGUCAGUUCUAUUUCACCCCCCACGGGUGCAAUAUGGCUCAUAAACAGGCAGGAAACACACAAUGUGAUGUAGAAGCCUCGAAAGUGUAGCUUGCUUUGUUUGGGCUAGGAUGGAAGAAGAGAUUUGGUGAAUAAUUUCUUCCAAAGUAAAAAUAUAAUGUAGUUCGUUCAUCUGUUGUCUUGCCGUUUAAUGCCUUUUGUAAUCCAUGGUAUGGGAAGCAGUAUGUCGUUAGUUAUGAUUUGCCCACUAAGAAUACAAUAUAUUUUUUGUUAAUUGAAUAUUUUGUUUCAAUAAUUUUCCUCUAAAAGUUUGUGUUCUAGUCAUUUCAGUGUAAUUAUUGAAAAUCUACAUACUCUUAAUUUCCCUCUGAAAGUAAUCUAAGAGAAGUAAUCCUUAGUGUUUUUGUUUUAAUCAAGUUAGCCAGCUAGUUUUCCACUUCACAGCUGUUUUUCACUGGUGAUGUUUUUCUUUCAAGUGUUGUUUAUAAAUGGAAAAAAAAAAUAUAAAGCAUCAUUGCGUGUAUCAUUUUUUUUUUUUCUUUUGUCACUGUUAACAUGAAGUGCAAUGCUCUACAACAUAGUUCACUGCCUCUAAUGCUUCAGGGUUUCCCAAACUUUGCAGCUCACAUUCCAAAUUAGGAAUAGGGCUUGUUCUUCUACCCGAUAUUGUUAAAAUAUACACAAACACACAACCAAUAAGAUCAAUUAUCGCAUGCGCAACCGAUGAGCAAUAGAAAUGGGGCUUGCACCCUUUUAACCGAGAUUUGCCAAUAGAAAUUCAGUUGUGACCAACCAAAGUUUAGAAAGCCCUUUUAAUAAUUUUAAAUCAAUGAGAUCCAUUUCUUCAUGUGUUGUCUUCCAAAUUUCACUUUUAGUUCAUAUCUCUGUGGUGAACAGAUUUGCAUAUGUUGUAUUGAUUUAAUUGCUGUUGCUCACAUUUGGUGUGUGAUAAUGGGCUAUGCUAUCAUAGUUGUGUAAGUACACUUUGAAAUUCUCUGGCUGUAAUCUGAACAUCACAUUGUUUACAUUGUAGCAGUCUCAGAAGGGUGCUUCUCACUUAAUGAUGCAAUCUGGUUGGUGUGCACAUUAAAAGUUUUCCAGUAAGCACUUAGCUUUCGGAGCACUUCCACUGUGAGUUGCCCAUUCUAUCUUGUCAACCAAAAAUGUUUCAUGGUUGAAUACAGGAAGGCUGACAUUUGCAUAUGUAGCGUUACCACCAACUGAGCUCUGUAUGUUACUCAAAUUGGAUGUACAAAGUUUGCUGCUGUUAUUUUGUUUGAAAAGUAUCCACAGUACUAACUUUUGUGGAGACUGCAAAUGCAUAAAGUAGCAGAGUUCAGAACACUAAGAUGCAACAAUAUCAGUCUAACAGUAUGGAUGGCAACCAUUUUCUUAAUUUAGUGGAACUAUUUGAAAACCGCCUCUUUCCACAGUUAAUACUGGACUGAUUUUAUUUUAGGCCAUAUAUUUGUAAAAAAAAAAAAAAAAAAAAAAAAAUUCUACAGCUAACGUUUGACUUUUUGAUUGGUGAUAGACAAAGCUUUAACAUAACCAACAUACUAUCCAUUUUCAUGCUUGCCAACUGUUAUUGGUGCACCCUUAAUGAAGGGCUUUCUAUGUAAAAUUUUACUUUAACGCUUUCCCUAAUGUGUCAUUUGAGCUCACUGUAUGUAUAUAUGUAUUUACUGUAUUGUAAUCAUAAAUGUCUCAUUUUGAAUGUGUCCAUAUAAUUGUGUACGAAGCAUUUUAAACAACAAUAUGAGAAAUUCAACUGAUUUAGUUCUGCCCUGUGACGUUUCAAGACGAAAUCUCAACUUGAAAGCACAUGAUUGGAUCCUGAAUUGGGGAAAUUUGAAAUUUCACACUAAUUAAAAUAAGUCCUUUUGCACCAUUGGAAGUGUACGUCGCCUUACUAUCCGAUGAAUUUACUGUAUGGAAGAGGUGAAAGCUUAAGUGCUUGUUUGUAUGUCACAUAGGUAUAUUGGUUGGAAACAUGUCCAGUGAACAUUGCCGAAUGCACUUUGGUCUAUGGCGAUGAGUAGGACGACUUAUGAUUGUAUCUGGGACUCUGUGAGUUCACUGGGUGCCACUUUAAUGCACUUUGAGGGAAGUUGAAGUAAGAGACAGACAGGGUUGACAGUAUGUUAAUGAGGGACCUGCUUUUUUGUGAAAAUGUCUUUUGGAAUACAGUCCCAUCAUACUUUCGAAUUCACUGCUGUGUUCUCAUUGGGACUUAAUAAGCCUGGAUGUUUCGUUUUUUUGUUUACGUUUUUUGGGGUCAUCAAAUAUGGACGUGUCAUAUUGCAGUCAUUAUUGUAUGCAACAAUUUUAAUGUCACGUCAUCUUUGUCCUGGCUUGUACUGUCUUCAAAGAAUGUUAACCUUGUUCGCAUGCAUGCACAACUGAAACCUUUAUUUUUCUGUUUAACCAUAGAACCACUAUUUUAUUAAAUAAAUGCUGAUUAAAAUUUUUGGAACAGAUGCUCUUCAUUGUCAUUAUUCCAAAUGUGUUUCAUAAUGAUGGUCAUUAUUAUUCUGGGCGAAUGUCAGCUAUUUUGCGGUCUUUAAUGUGAUUGCCUAGCUGGAAAUUUCGUAGUCUUGUCAGUUGAGCACCUCAUUUUGUAAAGCCGCCCGCGUGUCCACUUCAUUGAAGCUGUACCUGCACUGCAUUGUGCUGCUGUCAUUGCCAUUGCCGACAUGGCUCUAGACAUGUCCUUGGAAUGUCAUCAGACAGAUUCUCCCCCACUCUUGAUCUUUCGAGGUUAGGUGUCAGGUACAUGUCACCACACCACAAGAAUAGUGUUGCAUCACCUCAUAUUACAGUUUUUUUAAUUAGAUGUAUUUACUCAUGGAUAAAUGUCUAUUUACAAUACAGUAGUACAGUAACUUGUUAGUUUAAUGUUAACUCAUGUCCUGCCCUGUCCGGUUAUAAGACAGCCAACCCAUUUUGACUGGGAGAGGCUGGCAUCGAAGGUUUGCUGCUAGUCUUUCCAAUCAAAAUUGAUAGGACGUCUUGCACCGUCAAAAGCACUAAAAGAUGUGCAUGCACAGCCAGUCCACCCAAUUUAAAUUGAUUGGAUGUCUAUCAUUGUAAAUGGCAGGCAAUGAGUUAAGUCAGGGUACUCCAUUAAGGUAUCACUGUUUUCCCCUUUACUCUUAGUUUACAUCUUAAAUGCAAACAUUGGAAAAGGUUUGUGGUUGUUUAUCAAAAAGAAAAACAUUUUAAUGUGGACAAAACAGCCUGAAAAUAAAGGUGUAUUGUCAGAUUUGGUAUUUCGUACAUAUGGUACAUAAAACCUGUAGAAUAUUGCAUAUUAUAUGUGUGUGUGUAUAUAUAAUACACACACACACACCUGUUUUGGUGGGAAAAAACGACUCCUGUCAACACAUCUUAAAAGAGUUUUUUUAGAUGGGUGGCCUUCCUCUCAACUUAAAAAAUGCAUAGCUGCUGUAUUUUGCAUGGGCAUUACAUUUUGUCACUAAUACAACUUAUUUGAAGAGUGAUUAUUUCUUGGGUGUAUUUCAACUGAAUGGCUGGCAAUAAAAUGUCAUCAUAUCUUCAUAUUUUAGUCUGGUGAUGGGUCUUGAUGGAAUUGUAAUUGGAAAUAUUUUUUAGUUCGAUAUACAUACUAGUUCACUUCAGUCUGCAGUUGAAUUAUUUCAGAUGUGUAGCCAAUCAAACAUCAAAACAGCGCAGGAUGUUAUAUUAUCUAAAAACAUACUGAAAUAAGUACUGUUGCUAUGCAGCAGGGUAGCAGCUGCAUACAUAACCUCUGUGUUCAUAGAAUAACUGUUGCCUCCCUGAGGGAUCAACUGUUAUGUGCCUUCAACCACGAAGGCAUUUUACAUCCCACCUGCACAAACUCUCUCCACUCUUCACUAUGCCCUUCAAUUUCAAUGCGGCUUCCAAGUUGGUGCGCGCAAGCUCUCAUAAUUUCAUUGGAAAUGAUCUAU